AAACGGUUGUAUUCUGCUAGUGGUGGCGAAUGCAAACCGGAGCCUCGCCGGGACCUGGAAACUCCCCGGAGCCGCAGUCGCCGCGGGGCGGCCAGGGAAAGUCAGCAGUCUGCAGCGCAGUGGGGGAAGCGCAGCCCGGCGGCCCUAGAAUCUCCCAGGGCUCUCACUGUUCAGCCAGACCUGCUUACCUGUGGAGGAGAACAAGGAGCCCUGGAAGGUAGAGAGAGGAAACAGUAGCAGAAGAUCCAGUGCUGCUUAAGAGGAAUGACGUGCGUUAACUCCUGACUAUCUUCAAACAUACUUCUCUGUCAGUUUUAAGAGAUCAUUUUUCUGACUGCAAGAACAUGGCUGGCAGUUAUUUUCUUUCAGGGCAAGAAGGGGUCCAGUCAUUGUUCUUGAAAUGGAAAGUCAGAGCAGAGCAACGAGAAGAAAUGACCACUUCUCCAGUAAGUACCUCCCAGGGUCUGCUAACAUUUGGGGCCGUGGCUUUGAACUUCUCCCAGGAGGAGUGGGAAUACCUAGACUCUACUCAGAGGGCUUUGUACAUUGAUGUGAUGUUGGAGAAUUACAGCAACCUGGUCUUUGUUGAGAACCAUUGCGUGUGUGGUAAAUACGAGAACGUCUUGGAUCAAGACUCAGACUAUAUUAUAUGUCAGCAUGUGAAUAUCCAAGAGAAAUCUUACGAAUAUAAUCAGCUUGGCAAAAUGCUUCAUGAAUCCUCCCUUUGUACACCUUAUGACACAAGUGAUUCUGCAGAAAACCGCAGCAACUGCACAUGUGGUAACCACAGGGAUUCCUCCACUGACUCAUCAAACCUAAACAGACGUGAAAGUGUGCACACUGGAAAAGAACUUUUCAAAUAUGAAGACUGUGGCAAAUGUUUAUCUUCCAAUAAUAGUCUAAAUCCGAGUAUUCACACUAUAAAGAUAGAACACAAGUAUGCAGAAAGUGAUAAACUUCUGGGUUCUGCACCCAGACUUGUUCAGCAAAGAAUCCAUAGUGGAGACAAAGCACACAAUUGUGGGAAAUGCUGUUCAAGCCUCAGUACACAUGAGCGACUUCAUAUUGCAGAGAAACCAUGGAAAUGUAAAGAAUGCGGUAAGUCUUUUAAGUGGUUUUCUCACCUUAAAACCCAUUGCAGAAUCCAUACUGGAGAGAAACCUUACAAGUGUAAUGAAUGUGAUAAGGGCUUUUCUCGAUUAUCUAGACUUAAAAACCAUUACAGAGUCCAUACUGGAGAGAAACCUUACAAAUGUGAGGAAUGUGGUAAGUGCUUUUCUCGGUUAUCUAGACUUAAAAACCAUUACAGAAUCCAUACUGGAGAGAAACCUUACAAAUGUAAGGAAUGUGGCAAAGCCUUUACCCACUGCACAGGUCUUAGUACACAUCAGAAAAUUCAUACUGGGGAGAAACCCCACAAAUGCAAAGACUGUGGUAAAGCCUUCUCUCUGUUGUCAACACUUAAGGAACAUUACAGAGUCCACACUAGGGAGAAACCAUACAAGUGCAGUGAAUGUGGUAAAUUCUUUCAUUGGUUGUCGGGCCUUAAAAGCCACUACAGAAUACAUACUGGAGAGACACCUUACAAAUGUGGAGAAUGUGAGAAAUCAUUUUCUCAGUUGUCAAGACUUAAAAGCCAUUAUAGAACCCAUACUGGAGAGAAAUCUUGCAAAUGUGUAGAAUGUGACAAAUGCUCUACCCACUGCACAGCUCUUAGAAGACAUCAUAAAACUCAUGCUGAUGAAAAACCUUACAAGUGUAAAGAGUGCAGCAAAUGUUUUUAUGUGUUGUCACACCUUAAAAGCCACAGUAGAACCCAUACUGGAGAGAAACCUUACAAAUGUAAGGAAUGUGGUAAGUGCUUUUCUCAGCUGUCAAAACUUAAAAACCAUAACAGAAUCCAUACUGGAGAGAAGCCUUACAAAUGUAAGGAAUGUGGCAAAGCCUUUACCCACUGCACAGCUCUUAGUACACAUUAUAAAAUUCAUACUGGGAAGAAACCUUACUCAUGUAAAGACUGUGGUAAAUCCUUUUAUUUGUUGUCAAGACUUAAGGAACAUUAUAGAGUCCACACUGGAGAGAAACCAUACAAGUGCAAUGAAUGUGGUAAGUUCUUCCAUUGGUUGUCAAACCUUAAAAGACAUUCCAGAAUCCACACUGGAGAGAAGCCUUACAAAUGUGGAGAAUGUGACAAAUCAUUUAACCACUGCUCAAGUCUUAAAGCUCAUCAAAAAAUUCAUGCUGGGGUGAAAUCCUUUAAAUGUGAAGAGUGUGGCAAGUCCUUUUAUUGGUUAUCAAACCUUAAAACCCAUUACAGAAUCCACACUGGAGAGAAACCUUACAAAUGUGAUGAAUGUGACAAGUCCUUUUCCCAGCGUUCUCUUCUUACAAGGCACAACAAGAUCCAUACUAGAAAAAAAUAUGAAUAUGAGUUGGUCCUAGCCACACCCACUUAGCAUUAAAAAAAGAAAGCACUCCUGGACAGAGAAGAAUUACAGAUGCACAUGCAGU